AUGCCUCACGGACACCCGGGUGGUCAUGGUGGUCAUGGUCAUGGGCUAAAGGGAUUCGCCUUUGCGACGGAAUUCUUUAACCCGGCGACCCCGGUGUCAGUGCCGGUUCGUGGCUUCCAAAAUGGAGCUCGUCUCCGCAUGGUUUUGAUUCCAUCUGGAACCGGCCGCUUUGUGAUCAACCUCAAGCGCCCCGGUGACAUCGCGCUUCACUACAACCCGCGUUUCGACGAGAAAGCUGUUGUUCGCAACAGCACCCGUCGAGGUGCCUGGCAGUCUGAGGAACGCUCUCGCGAGCCAUUCCCAUUCCAUGCCAACCGCAUCUACACCCUCGAGUUCGUGGCUGAACCAGGAAAUGUCGCGGUGUUCAUCAACGGGCAAAUGCAUUGCCGCUUCAACGAGCGCGACAGCCACCACGACAUCAAUGAGAUCGAGGUUGCCGGCGAUGUUCAUGUCCACUCUGUUCACCUUACCAAC